AUGCCUCAAACGCAGCCUGUAGGACCGAGAGCUCCGAAGGAUGACUUCAUGAAGGCCCUUGGUCUCAGCACUACCGAUCCACGACACGAAGGAUAUUAUCGAGCCAUGCGGGAAGAAGCAAUUGCCGUUUACAAUGGUCUGAACGCCGACCGAUCAAGCCUGAUAGAUGAGAAGCGAGGCGACAAGUCAACCUCACCUCCAUUCUUCUGGCAUCAUAUCCGUCAAGAACGUCGCCGUCAAGCCAUUAUCGACACCUGGCAGCAGGCAAAGCCUGGCACCAUCCAGCGCACUCUGUUCGACCAGGGAGCUACCACGGGAGAGCACGCCCCAAAUUGGGUAACGCUUUGGCUGCUAUACAGCGUCUUCCGGUCCAGGGACAUACGCAAUAAUCGGAACCGACGAGCCGGUGAUGGUAGUAGUGGUGGAAGUGAGUAG